AUGUUCAAUAGACCAGCGCUUGUUCCUCAACGCGCCAUUGGUGUAGCGCAGAGGAGCGCGUCGAUGAAUGCACAUCCUAGUACGACCACUGGUGCCCCUGUAAAUGGAGGCGAAUACGUAGGAAGCAAGUUGAGGCCCCGAUCAAGGUCGUUCUCGGAUGUACCAAGCGAACAGCUAGCAACGUACCGUGUAUCAGGCGAGCAAAGCGCACCCCGGACGCCCAUGGAGCCCAAUCGACCUCGUCGAGCCAGUGGUGCUACGCCCGCUACACGCAGUCCACUUAUUCAACCACCUACGCCUGGCCCUGCCCAGGGUCAGAGUACCCCUAUCAAGCCCCUGAAGGGGGCUGAUACACCCCUCCGUAGCCCUGUGUCACCCCCAACUAGCCCACUCAAACAAGUUCCACCCCCACUGCCCAAUGCACCAUCUUCUGGAUCUAGUAAAAGUCCGUUCCGCGGACUUCGACAAGUUGCAUCCAACACCAUGAUGCGCGUUGGGCUUCAGGGCAGCAUCUCAUCUAUGCCCACUCGACAAAGCUCCGAUAAUCUCCAUCAUUCGCCUGUUGACUCUCAGAGGAAGCCAUCUGAGGAUAUGCCUCGUCAGAAUUCGAGUGUGACAAAUAUCAGUUCUCCUACGAGUCCCUCUACUUCACCCAUGGCGUCCAGCCAUGUAUCCUUGAACUCAAAGAUUUCUUCAACAGGACUGAGGCUAGCCGGAGCUAACCGACCGGCUACAGACACGCCCACAACGCCAUUAUCUCCCAUAGCUUCGGUUGAGCCUACAGAAGAGACCGUCCAUUACAACGAUAUGGACUUUGACAUGGUUAAACCUAUGCGGAGUCGUGUAUCCACAAUGAGAACUAGCGAAGAUGGCAGACAGUCCAUCUCGCGUAGUUCCCAACAUAGUGAUCACCCUAGGGGACACCAAGACGAUGGACAUGAACAUAGCCCAACAUCACCCAUUGUAUCAUUACCUCCGAACCAAACGCACGUUCCUUCCACGCCGGUACUCACUGCAAAGGCUGGAAGCCACAACAGUCUGACCACGUCCGAUUCAAUCGCGGCGCAUAUAUCUAGAGAACAACGGUGGAUUUCGACAAUGCAAGUCGUCCCUUCACCUUCUGUCCGCCGAAACAAGAAGAUAAAGAAGUUAUUAUUGGAGGGCGUUCCUGCUUCAGUCCGAGGGGUUGUAUGGCUAUACUUGACGGAUAGCAAGGCUCGACGGAUGGUUGGCGUGUAUUCCCAAUUGGCCAAGCGUGGAAAGGUUCCUGCCACACCCGAGAUAAUCAAAGAUGCUGAACUCUGCUUUGUCGCACAGCCCCAUCUCCAGUCACCCAGCGGGCCUGUUGUGACCAUCUUGCAGGCAUACCUGACCAUGGUUCCUGAUGUAACCUACCACCAAGGUCUUUGCCAAGUUGCUGGUAACUUAUUGAUGCAUUCUCCCGAAGAGGAUGCCUUUUGGACCUUCAUGGAAGCUGAUUCGGUAUUUUUCGCUAAAACCUUGGAAUCCAAUGAUCCGCAACUGGCGACUAAGCUAUUCCGAGAUUUGGGUCUGCUUGCUGGUGACUUCUGUAAACCAUGGAUAUUAUCCGGCUUCUUAGGCGUGGUACCUUUCGAACAGCUGCCGUAUUUGGGAUAUAUUCUCGAGGGAGCACCAUUCUUAUUUAGAGUCGGUCUUGUUCUCUUGGGCUACUUGAAGAAGGAAAUAUUGGCUCUUACCCCCAAGUCUUCCCCUGGGGCACUGGAUUAUGACGAUAUGCGCAAGAUGCGCCCCAAAAUCGAAUCUCAGCUUCGAAAGGAACCUGGAUUCACGCGUCCAGUCCUCACCCGUGAUGCACUGAGGAAGUAA